AUGUGUGAAUUUCGGGGCUCUGUUUUUGGGGACGCUAGUCCGCAGGCCCCCGGGCCCUUCAAUAAAGCGCCGCACAAAACUUAUCCGAGUUUUGUGUCCUUUAUCAAUCGGGCAACAGUUUUCUGGAGACUGCGGCAGGACUCCAAGGGCACCUGGGGCGGCUCGCAUCUCAAUCCACUCCAAGCCGGCGCCGAGCACUUCUCGGAGGAGUCAUCGGGUCGUGCCCGACCCCCUGCGCCUGUCGGACGACUGCAGAAGAUGAAUGAUGAGAGCAGGUGUGUUGGAUGUAGAGAAAGAAAGGAGCGUGAUUUGUAUCCCCCGAUUGAAGAAGAUUUGUCCUAUUGUGUAGCACCUCCGAGGGGUCCGGUUGUUCCUAAGGUACCUUUUGCUCCUCCUGCUGACGUAACUAUAAAAAGGGCAUCUAGUGAGAGUGACAGUGAUACUGAAAAGAGUGAAAGUAUUAAAAGGACUCCGUUAGCAGAGCGGACUCGCCAAGGAAGGAAGGGGCAGAAGGGGCCACAGUUAAUUGCGCCGUUAAGGGAAGCUGUGGGACCACAGGGAGAAAGGAUACUUAUAAAGGUGCCUUUCUCUCCAGGGGACUUGGUAAUAUGGAAACAAUCGGCUGGAAGUUACCGGAAGGAUCCCGAAAGGGUAGCAAGGGUGGUUAAAAUGGUGAUAAAAACUCAGAAUCCGGACUGGAAUGAUUUACAGGUAUUAUUGGAUACUAUAAUGGAUUCUACAGAAAAGGAGAUGGUUAUUAAAGCUAUGAGAGAAAAGGCUCGUGAGGAGAUUAGGUUGCGACAACUAAAUGAAACAGUUGAUGAAUUGGUGCCAAGUGAGGAACCCAGGUGGGAUCCAAACUCUACGGGAGGAAUAAGGGCUGAGUCGGUGGUCCCCGGGAAAUCUAAAGCUGCCCAGCCAGUAAAAGUGGAACUUAAGGAAGGGGCCCGACCAGUGAGGGUAAAGCAAUACCCCUUGAAGCUUGAGGCAAGGAGGGGAGUAGCCCCGUUAAUUAAACAAUUUUUGGUUCAAGGAAUAUUACAGGAAUGUGAAUCGGAGUAUAAUACUCCAAUUUUUCCAGUGAAAAAGCCUAAUGGUAAAUAUCGUUUGGUACAGGACUUGAGAGCGAUUAAUGAAAUAGUAAAGGACAUACAUCCAGUUGUUGCUAAUCCUUAUACAUUGUUAACAUCUGUAUCGGAGGAGUUUAAAUGGUUUUCUGUGAUUGAUCUUAAAGAUGCUUUCUUCUGCAUCCCACUGGCAGUAGAGAGUAGGAAAUAUUUUGCCUUCGAGUGGGAGAGUCCUGAUUCUGGGAGAAAGAGGCAGCUUACGUGGACCAGACUGCCACAAGGGUUUAAGCUCAGCCCCACUAUUUUUGGAAAUCAACUGGCCAAGGAGCUGGAGGAAUGGAAGAUAACCCAGGUAACAAUAUCUCCAUCCUUGUAUGUAGUCCUGCAGUACGUGGACGACAUUUUUCUGGCCACUAAGGAAAGGGACAUGUGUGUGGAAUUAACAAUUAAAUUACUUAAUAUGCUUGGCCAAGCAGGGUAUAAGGUCUCUAAGGAAAAAGCUCAAUUGAUCAAAAAUAGUGUUAUUUAUCUCGGUUGUGAGAUCACACAAGGGCAGAGACGUUUGGGAGUUAACCGAAUAGAGGCAAUAUGUGCUAUUCCUUUGCCUCGCAACCAUCAGGAAUUGAGAUCUUUUCUAGGAAUGGUGGGAUGGUGUCGACUGUGGAUCAUGAACUUCGGUCUCCUAGCCAAGCCACUGUAUGAGGCCUUGAAGCAGCAUCGGUUGGAAUGGACGACACAACAAAAGAAGGCCUUCCAGGAAUUGAAGCAGGCACUAAAGGAGGCCCCAGCCCUAGGACUCCCUGACCUGACCAAGGAAUUCCAGUUAUAUGUAAAUGAGAGGCAAAAACUGGCAUUGGGAGUCCUCACCCAGAAGGUGGGAUCAUGGAAGAGGCCAGUAGGAUACUUCUCUAAACAACUGGAUUUGGUAAGUUCCGGGUGGCCCUCGUGUUUACGAGCCGUGGCAGCAACAAUAAUCCUUAUUCAGGAGGCCCGGAAAUUGACUUUGGGGGCUAUCCUGAGAGAACAGGAUGAUAUUGAAAUAAAGACUACUAACCAUGUUAAUCCAGCAGAGUUUUUACGCAGUGACCAGGAGGCUGGGGGACUGGUGCACGAUUGCGUGGAGGUAAUUGAACAAGUGUAUGCCAGCAGACCCGACCUAAAGGAUGAACCAUUGGAAGACCCUGAAUGGGAACUAUACACUGAUGGAUCCAGUUUUGUUGAGAAUGGGACUCGCUAUGCUGGGUAUGCAGUGGUAACAUCGGAUCAGGGAACCAAUAUCAAGCACCGGGAGGAAGUGCUACAGCUACUGGAUGCGGUACAUAGUCCCAAAGCAGUUGCAGUAAUGCAUGUUAGAGGACAUCAGAAUGCAGAAGGAGAAGUUUACAGAGGAAAUCGAUUUGCUGAUGUUACAGCACGGCAAGUGGCACGGGAAGUAUGGACUCAAAUGGCAUUGGUACCGUGGAAUAAACCCUCACGCUGGAGAACUCUGUCCACGACAUCCAGCCUGGGGACCAAGUGUACAUCAAGAAGUGGAUUACGGAUCCGCUACGGGAAUCAUGGAGCGGACCCCACCAGGUGA